GUUGUGUAGGAAUGAAGCAGGACAGCUUAGGAGUGACUUGAAAAAACUUUCUAGGGAGAGAGAAUCAGCCUACAACAAGAAAAGAAAAAAAGUGAUUUAGUUCUGGCAGAGAGAAGGCUGGCAAACAUGGCACUCAGGGUGCACUGACAGGAUGGGUCUACAGCCAUGGAUCUGGGGUCUUUGUGCCCUGUUUAUCCAGGGGGCUCUCUGCACAGAAGUGUGCACAGGGACGGAUAUGAAAUUGUUUCGUCCUUCCAGCCAGAAAAUACAUUAUGAUACAAUACGGACCCUCUAUAACGACUGCCAGGUUAUACAUGGGAACUUAGAAAUCACCUACUUGAAAAAUGACGAUGAUGUCUCCUUUUUAAAGGAUAUUAAAGAAGUACAAGGCUAUGUUUUAAUAGCUUAUAAUUUGCUGAAUUACUUGCCUUUGGAAAACCUGCGUAUUAUUCGAGGCACGCAGCUAUAUGAAGACCUUUAUUCACUUGUUGUAAUUUAUAACUCGGACGAUGAAGGGAAAUCUGGAUUACAAGAACUGCGUUUCAGGAGUCUGACGGAAAUUCUGAAAGGAGGAGUCAAGAUCGCGAAUAAUAGCCAACUGUGCUUCCAACAGUCAAUCAAAUGGAACGACAUCUUGAGCCUCAAUAACGCCAUGCGUGGAGACAUCUUCCUGACACCAGGGGGCCGUCAAUGUCCUGCUUGUUCUCCUGCUUGUGCUUCAUUAUCAACCGGGAAUGCGGAGGCCUGUUGGGGAGAGGGACCGGAAUACUGUCAGAUCUUAACCAGCACUAUAUGUGACAGCGGAUGCCAGAGGUGCAAAGGAGAACACUCUACCCAUUGCUGUCACGAGCAAUGUGCAGCCGGUUGUACUGGACCUAAGAACUCCGACUGUCUGGCCUGCCGUAACGUUAACCAUACGGGAGUGUGUGAAUUGCACUGUCCUUCUCUCAUUUCAUACAAUUCAGAGACCUUCGAAGCUGUCCCCAACAAGGAUGGGCGUUAUAUUUUUGGGACAAGCUGUGUCACCACAUGUCCAUAUAACUAUCUUGCUACGGAGGUUGGUUCCUGCACACUUGUGUGCCCUCAAGAUAGCCAGGAGGUGAUGGUGGGAAAUGUACAAAAAUGUGAAAAGUGCAACAAACCGUGCAAUAAAGUGUGCUAUGGACUAGGCAUGGACUUUUUGAAAACUGCCCAGGCUGUCACUUCUCAAAACAUCCAUCACUUUCAAGGAUGCACCAAGAUCUUUGGGAACCUGGUUUUCCUUCCGGAAUCCUUCCAUGGGGAUCCAGCUUCCGGGAUUUCGGCAUUAACCCUUGAGAAUCUACAAGUCUUCAAGACUCUAGAAGAAAUAACAGGAUAUAUAUACAUUGAGUCCUGGCUGGAAGAAUUAAGCAGCCUCGGCGUCUUUGAGAAGCUGCGUGUGAUUCGGGGACGCGUGCUUCAAAAUGGAGCAUAUUCCCUGGCUCUCCGCAACCUUUCUAUCUCAUCUUUUGGCUUACACUCCCUGGUGGAAAUUAGCAGUGGUCUUGUCCUUAUCGAGGGGAACUCCAACCUCUGCUUCUUGGACAGUAUCCCGUGGUCUAACAUCUUCAGGAACCAACGUCAGGCUCUUCUGGAGAUGUCCAACAAACCACAGGACCUCUGCGUCAAAGAUGGGUUAGUCUGCUACCAUCUUUGUGCCGAUGGACAGUGCUGGGGUCCUGAGCCCUCUCAGUGUGUCAACUGCACAAGAUAUCUUCGUGGAGAUGACUGUGUGGAAUCUUGCAAUGUCCUGGAAGGGGAGCAAAGGGAACACAUUAAUGGGAAUCGUUGUGUAUCCUGUCACCCCCAGUGCCUCCCAUUAAACGGAAAUGAAACAUGCAGUGGCCCGAACGCAGACCAGUGUACAGAAUGUGCUAAUUACAAGGACGGUGAGACCUGUGUGGAUCAAUGCCCAAAUGGGGUGAAGGGAGAUUCAUUUGUACCCAUCUGGAAGUACCCAGACAAGAAUAAGGACUGCCAGUUGUGUCCUGUUAACUGUUCCCACUCGUGCUCUCAAAUGGAUGACAAAGGGUGCCCCAUAAAUAUAAACAACAGUCAUACCUAUAUGAUUGUGGCAAUCGUGGGCAGCAUUUUCCUCGUUAUUACCAUGUCAAUAGUGAUUGUAAUGGUGGUCAAACGUCGGAAACAGCUGAAGAAGAAGCACACUAUGCGGCGCCUACUGCAGGAGAAUGAGUUGGUUGAACCACUUACCCCUAGCGGGGCACUUCCCAACCAGGCACAGAUGAGGAUACUCAAGGAGACAGAACUUAAGAAGAUGAAGGUCUUGGGAUCAGGAGCAUUUGGCACAGUGUACAAGGGUAUCUGGAUCCCAGAUGGGGAGAACAUUAAAAUCUCAGUCGCCAUCAAAGUUUUGCGAGAGAACACAUCACCAAAAGCCAACAAGGAAAUUCUGGAUGAAGCGUAUGUGAUGGCAGGAGUAGGCAGCCCUUACGUUUGCCGUCUCUUGGGAAUCUGUCUAACGUCCACUGUUCAACUGGUCACUCAGCUUAUGCCAUAUGGAUGCUUACUGGAUUACGUGCGCGAGAACAAGGACCGCAUUGCUUCCAGAGACCUGCUCAACUGGUGUGUGCAGAUAGCCAAGGGGAUGAAAUACCUAGAAGAGGUACGACUAGUGCACAGAGAUCUGGCAGCGCGAAAUGUGUUGGUGAAGAACCCAACCCAUGUGAAGAUCACGGAUUUUGGCCUUGCUCGGUUGCUGGAUGUGGAUGAAACUGAAUACCAUGCGGAUGGGGGGAAAGUUCCAAUUAAAUGGAUGGCUUUAGAGUCUAUUCUCCAUCGAAGGUUCACUCAUCAGAGCGAUGUAUGGAGCUAUGGUGUAACAGUUUGGGAGCUCAUGACCUUUGGCGCAAAACCUUAUGAUGGCAUCCCAGCCCGAGACAUUCCAGACCUUCUUGAAAAAGGGGAAAGGCUCCCGCAGCCACCAGUCUGUACUAUAGAUGUCUAUAUGAUUAUGGUGAAAUGCUGGAUGAUUGAUUCAGAGUGCCGACCCAAGUUUCAUGAGUUGGUCAGUGAAUUCUCCCGCAUGGCUCGUGAUCCGUCACGUUUUGUGGUCAUAGAGGACGAGGAACUUAUGGCUCAAGCAAGCCCAAUGACCAGUCAGUUUUACAGUGCUCUCUUGCAAGAAGUUGGUAUGGAUGACCUGGUGGAUGCAGAGGAAUAUCUGGUACCCCACCAAGGAUUUUUUGGAUCUGGGGAGACAACAGCAGGAACCCGGAGCCGUAUAUCAUCCACAAGGAGUACCGCUGAGACACAGAUAAACCAGGCAUUGCUAGAAGACGCAGCCAACACAGGACCCAUGUCGGCCCGCACCUUGUCACAAGGAUCAGGGGGUAGCAUCACCGAUGCGCUGAGUGAGGGGGAUUAUGUUUUUGAGCCUGCCCUCCCGAGAGAGAACAGCCUUCUACAACGAUAUAGCGAGGACCCCACAAACAUAGAAGAGGAUGAGGUAGAUGGAGGAGGACUGGAGACAGGUGGCUGUAUGUCUCCCGGACCCUUCAUACAAGCACCAGAAUAUGUGAACCAAAGAGAUGCAGAGAGAAGCCGCUCACCAAUCAAGACCCCUAGAACGUCGGUGUCCACCUUGGAACGACAGAAAGGUCAGCUUUACAGAAACGGUUUGAUCAGAGAACCAAGGAGCCCUGUAGCAUUGUCGGCUCUGGACAAUCCUGAUUACCUACCCCCUCCUGGGCUUCACCUACCAGACUGUUACCCUCAAGCUUUUGACAACCCUUAUUACUGGAAUCAUGAACUCAACACAGCAAGGGAUGAAGGACAGAUUCCAAAUGGACCCAAUGGGUUUACUACUCCAACUGCGGAGAAUCCAGAAUACUUGGGGCUAGAGGAGGCAACUAGCAGGCCUCGGGAUGUUACUGCUUAAAGGGGGUAACGACAGUAUGCAGGCUAAAAAGAAGAUAUUGGCAGCUGUUCAGAUUAAUUCAUGAAGGAAGGCAAUACAGAUUUUCCACCUGUUGUGGUCUCUACAAGCAUGGCUGCUAGUUAACUUCCUGGUUGAGACUAAAUGGUUCUUAUUGUUAAUACUUGGACUGGUACAAAGACUACCCAACUAAGGUUGGGUGUUGUGUAAUUAGACUCAGCAUUUUGUGGUCAUCAUGAAUUAAAGCCUCAUGUAAUAAUCUCCUGUUAUUACAUAGCACCACUAUUGGAUUAAACAUGAUGGUCAAAACUCAUGUGGAUCGUACAAUCUCAUAAUGACUAUUUACUUAAAUCCUCAAUCUGGCCUCAUAUUUUGAGGCCAAACUGUGCGAUGUGGGUAUUCUGUCUGCAAUUGUAGUUUCGGCAAUGACUUAUCUCAUGAACCUGAAAACAGCAUCACACUAGUUAGGCAACGAAAAACUAAAAGUAAAACUGUAGAUCGCUUUUUACAUGUACCCUGCUGGUGGGACAUUGCAGUGCAUCAUCAGCUAGAGCAGGGGUAGGCAACCUUUGGCACUCCAGAUGUACUACAUUUCCCAUAAUGCAAUGCUUUUGCAGCCGUAAUGCUGGCACAGCAUCAGGGGAGAUGUAGUGCAAAACAUCUGGAUUGCUGAAGAUUGCCUACACCUGAGCUAGAGGCAGGAUUAUUCUCUAAUCCGUACAUUGCUGGUAAAUAAUUAUGAAAUUGCAAAAUAGACAAACUGGAAUAAUUCACCCAGUGGACUAUGUUCUAACCAUAGUUAUGUUAGCCUUAAAUGUGUAAUUAUUUGGCAAAUCACUGGUUAGUGAGUUGGAGAUUUUUUUUUCCAAGGAAGCUAUUUUUUCUACAUUCUGCCAUUUAGUUUUCAGUUUUAAAAGUGUAUACACUCAUGUGUGUCUUUACAAUAUCACACUGAUUCUUCAGAAGAUUAUUGAGAACAACCAAGACAUGGCCCUAGAAAGGAGUUCCUUGGCUACAUCUGUCACUAUUCUAGGUCAGAUAUGGGCAACCUUUGGCACUCCAUACGUAGUGGUCUAUAUCUUGCCUUAUGCUUUGCCAGCAUCAUGGCUGUAAGAGCCUUAUGGGAGAUGUAGUCCACAACAUCUGGAGUGCCGAAGGUUUCCUACCCCUGUUCUAGGUUUAUCACUUACUGGUUGGGAUAAAAGGAGUGGUAAUAUAAUAAUAAUAUAAUACAUAGCUGGGUGGUCAUCUUUAACCAUGUAAAAACGGUAUCAUCACAAUUCAACAUCAUAUUCAAAGUACUGGCAACAGCCUUUUUCCCAGUACCACAAUCAGAGGACUUCAACAGAAACAGAGAACCGACUUUUAUCAUUGUUCAGUCAGUAGAAUGCUACUUCAAUUUUUUCAAAAACAGAAAAUGUAUUGAACAAACAAAGACACAAGGGUUUCACAACCAUUUCCCCCAGGAUAUGCUCACUACAAUAUAAACCCCUAUUUAAUUCCUAAAAUAGGUAAAAUGUAAGACACUGCCUGUAGUAUAUGGACUAUUGGUUCCCAAUCCAGUCCUUAUGGCCCAGAAACUGUCCAGUACUUGUGUACUUCCUAUUUUUAUUUCAAAGGAAAUACUGGCAAAACCGGAACUGUUUCUCGGCCGUGAGGGCUGGUUUGCCACCACUCACAUAGACUAUGGGGAGAAAGGGAUGAUAAUAAACAGAUGAUAAUUGGGGCAAAGUGCUACAUAAUGAGCAGUUGCCACAGAAACCAACAGAAUGUGUCUAAACAUUUAGCACUUUGCACCCAGAGUAGCACCGGUUUGCCUUGAUAAAUCCCCGCUUUGUGUUGAGGAAACCCUCUGUCAAUUUCACACUUGAUCAAAAAAGUUUUCUCUGUUGCCUUUUAUUAUUGGUUGAACCACUACAAAGCCUGCCCCUGCUACAACUGUACAGCCAUAACCUUUGUUAAAUGCAAAUGCAAUGAAAUUUUUUUUCCGCCAAAGGCACAUACUGAAUACAAUCAGGACAUUUUCCUGUAUCCCGUAUCUGGGAUUUCACACUGGUUUGGUAUCUGUUUCUCUGCAAUAAACAGUUACAUCAAACCAUCUAAAUGAACAAACAAAUGAGAUUAAAGUGCACAUACGGCUAAAAAAAAUAGUUAAAUCGGCACCGUGCUUUCUGUGGCUCUGACAGUUUGCAUUGUAAGUUUCCUUUUUUUAUGACAUAUGUAUAUUUUUGGUUUUGUACUUAGAAUAUUUUGUGUGUUUUUAUAUAUUUUUUUUCUUGCCCGGAAAACUUUAUUUUUUAUUGUGACUGCACUUUCUAAUCCAAAUAUCACAUUGGGUGGCUUUGAAAUGAUCGAAUUGUUUUUACUUUACUUUUAACGUCAUUAAAAACCUUUAAGAUAUAUGUAUAAUUU